GAUUUUCAUCACUUUAUUAUGUUGGUAGUAGUGAAAAGAAAAACGAAAAACUGAUAGUUUUUGAAAGUUUUGGCAAAUUAGUUCCCACAAUUAAAGUUAAAAAUAAAAAUACAUUGAGAAAAAAAUAUAUCUAAUUUAUUGAGUAACCAUAAUGCAUUAUUUUCAAAAAUAUUUGGAUAAACUGCAAUUAUUAAAUACUAAGAUGAAUAACAUGCAUAAUUGUAAUGGAUAUAAAACAAACAUUUUUUUAUAUUGUAAUUAUUACAGUUUUUAUUCUCAAAAGGUUUUAAUGGCACUGUACGAGAAAAACAUUGAAUUCGAAUUAUUAGUUAUAGAUAUUACUAAGGGUGAACAGUAUUCUCCAUGGUUUCUUGAUAUAAAUCCUCGUGGAGAAAUUCCAGUUCUAAAAGUAAAUAAUUCGAUUAUACCAGAUUCUACUAGAAUUUUGGAUUACUUGGAACUCUACUUAGAUCAAGAAACUACACCACUGCUUGAAGUAUCCCAAGACCAUAAAGUGUUAUCAAAUAUAAAUAAGUUCAGAGAUCUUAUUGAGGCUCUUCCAGCUGGCCUUAUAACUGUUGGAUCAUUCUUUCAUCCUCACUUGAGUGGCACUCCCAAGCUACCAUUUAUAUUUCCCGUCAGAGAGGUACUUAAAAAUGGUGAUUUAAGUAGUUCUAAAAACUUGCGAAAACUGGCUGAAGAAAACCCGAAAGCUAAGGAUGUUUUGUUGUAUAAAGCUGAAAUUCAGGAUAGGAAGCAUGAAAUACUCACUAGUGAGGACGAAUAUGUGAAGGUGUUGAAUAUUGUAGACGAAGUACUGAGUCUCAUCGAAGAGCAGCUUAAAAAACAACAAAGUGAAGAUUGGCUAUGUUGUGAAAAAUUUAGCAUAGCGGACAUCAAUCUGGCUGUACUUCUACAACGACUGUGGGAACUCGGAUUGGAGGAAAGAUUCUGGGAAGGAGGGAAGCGUCCUUAUAUCGAAAAUUAUUUCAAUCGUGUUAGACAACGUGAAUCCUUUAAGAGAACAAUACCGAAUCUACCAGUCCAUAUUAAAAUGAUUAUCACAUCACAGCCGCGUGCGUACAUAGGCGCUGCAGGUUUAGUAUCUGUUGGGGUUGUUUUUAUCCUAGCCUAUGUUUUCAAAAAAAUAAUUCGUUAAUUAAAAAUGGCUUAGUUUUCUUAAAAAUGAAUGGCAUAAAAUGUUCAGUAGGUACUACUUUUAGUUGCAAAUUAAAAUAUUUUAUUAUUACAAUACUUAUGUAGGUACUAUAGUUAGUUACUAGAUCUUGAUUUACCAAAUAUUUGUGGAUAUAGGUAUGCGUCUGUUGUACUAAAGCUGGUUUUACAGUGACGCUUACCGUCCUCGCGGGUGGUUGAGAAUUGCCGUCAGCGCGGGCCAUCCGCGCGACUAUGUAACGAACGAUCCAAGACACGCAAAGCUCGUGGCCCGCGACGCUUACCAGCCGCGCUGGCGAAAGCGUCACUGUAAAACCACACUAACGAGUGCUGCUUUUGCAUCUUCAUCUUUACUUUUUCGUAAAUAUCGUUAUGCAUAAUUUUUAUGCUAAAAUAUUAGAAAAAGAAAUAUUAUAAGAUUGGAAGGUAUAGGUAUGAUGAAUGUCUUAAGUCUUGAUUCUAUUAUCUUGAGAUUGUAAUAUAUAAGAGUAAGGUAGAUAAGUAUUUAUUUUAAUUUUAUUUUAUAUAUUAUUCAGUAUUAUUUCUUUAUACCUAAACAGUAUUAUUUUAUAUUUUGUUUAUUAGAACUGUUUAAAAGUAUUGUAUUCUAUAAAAAGUGUUUACUACCUAUGUACUUAUUUUUCUAAGAAUCACCUACCUAUUUAUUAUCAGUUUUAAUCAGGUUUUCUAGUAAGUACCUACCUACUUAUAAAGGUAUCAACUAAGCACAUAAUAUGGGCCCAAUAUAACGUUAGUACAUAUAUAACAUAAUAAUUAAUUGUAGGUAUUUGUUGUGAAUUCCCCUAUUAGACCGAGUUCCGUAAGAUAAAAAAUUUGUUAAUGUAAAAUCCAAUAUAAAGUGGAUACGCUAUUAUAAUUACUGUCAAUAAAACUACCUACCAACUAUA